AUGAAAGUGCUGUUGUUAGUGUGUAUCCUGACGGUGGUGUCUGCUGGGAGGCGGACACUGAGAGAGCGCUCCACCGCCUGCCAACCAGGAGCCCGCUACCGGACAAUGGACGGAAGAUGCAACAAUGCUCGCUGGCCAACCUGGGGAUCAACCAACCAACCAUUCAGGAGAUUUAUUGAUCCUGCUUAUGAUGAUGGCAAGUUUGUUCCUCGACUGAGGGGCGUUGAUGGUCAUCCCCUCCCCAGUCCACGUGCUGUCAGUGUGGCCGUACAUCCGGGUACUGACAGUCCUUCUGACGACAACACAGUGAUGGUGAUGCAAUGGGGGCAGUUCCUGGACCACGACCUCACCGGAACUCCCCUCCACGCAGAUACUCGGGAACAGUUGAACCUACUGACGGCGUUCGUGGACGCCUCGAACGUGUACGGCCUUAGUGAGGAUCAGAUCAGUCAUCUAAGGAACGGACCCUACAUGAAAACCAAGGGAGAUAACCUGUUGCCAGAAUCAAACCAUGGCAACUGCCAAACAGGCAAUAGCAACGAAUGGUGUUUUGAAGCGGGUGACGACCGUGUGAACGUGUUCCCGGGUCUGUCCGUGCUGCACACCAUGUUUGUUAGGGAACACAAUCGUCUGGUCAAAGAACUUGCUGAUGUCAUGCCAACGACCACCCCAGAUGAUGUCCUGUUUGAAGAGGCCAGAAAGAUCGUGUCAGCCAUCAUGCAACAAAUCACCUACCGCGAGUGGCUGCCCAUUAUUGUAGGGCCCUUGGCCAUGAGGAAGUACAGACUGACCCCUGGCUACAGCUUCAGGUACAACUUCACCCAGAAUCCCACCAUCUACAACGUCUUUGCCUCGGCCGCAUUCAGAUACGGCCACUCCACAAUUCCACGUUUCUUGACACUGGGAGAUCGACGUGUACCCAUAGAACAACUUUUCAACAGACCUUCUGAGGUCAUCAGGGAUCUGGAUACCGUGCUGAAGGCUCUCCUGAAGGACAGACGUCAAGAGGUUAACCGUUUCAUCAACAGUGGUUUAACUGAACACUUGUUUGAGACGUCUGAGAAUAAGGGCUUCGACAUCGUGUCCUUGAACAUUCAGAGAGGUCGCGACCAUGGCCUGCCAUCAUACAACAGCUUCCGCAAGGCAUGUCGGCUACCGGAAGUGACGUCAUUUGCAGACAGUAUCCCGGAUGACAUCGAUGUCUUCACCGGUGCAGUAGCUGAAGAACACGUGUCUGACGGGGCAGUGGGCCCUCUACUGGCUUGUCUCAUUGGUCAACAGUUUAAUGAUCUCAAAUUUGGCGACUCAUUCUGGUCAACUGUCUGA